GGCUCCGAUUGGCUGGCACGCACAUGCGCUAGCGGUGGGUAGGCGGCUUGGGAGGCGGUGGCUUAGCUCCUCCGCGUCCCGGGAGCGGUUGGGCUAUGGCGGUCCCAGCCCUGCGAGAGGAGUUGGACUCGGUGUACCUGCAGCUGCUCAACGACCUGGAGGAACUGGAGGCGAAGCGGGCGGCGUUGAACGCCCGGGUGGAAGAGGGAUGGUUCUCGCUUGCCAAGGCUCGCUAUGCCAUGGGCGCCAAGUCCGUGGGGCCCCUGCAGUAUGCCUCGUGUAUGGAGCCUCAGAUCUGCGUGCGCGCCAGCGAGGCCCAGGAUGGACCCCAGACCUUCAGGGUGAUCAAAGCUGAUGCCCAGACCCCCGAGGAAGUGGGACCCAGCGAGGCAUCUCUGCGCAGGCGCAAGGGCCCUACCAAGACCCAAGUGUCAGGGACCUCCGUGGUCCCUCAAGAUCCCUUGAACUGGUUUGGAAUCUUGGUUCCUCACAGUCUUCGGCAGGCCCAGGCCAGCUUCCGGGAUGGCCUUCAGCUGGCUGCAGAUAUAGCCAACCUCCAGACUCGAAUCAACUGGGGUCGGGGUCAGGUCCGGGGCCUCCAGAAAAAACUGAAGGAGUUGGACCCUGGACCCGCCUGAUCUGAAUCUACUGUCAAAGGCAUUAAGCAUAGCCGUCUUGGGUGUCGCUGCCUUACUCAGGCCAUCUUUCAUAAUAGCCCCAUCUCAGCUACUGCCCCUCCUAGAAAUGCCCUUUGUCUGUAUUGUUUCCAGCCUUGUGAAUUAGGAAGUUAAGUUAGGAAGUUUGAUGAGGCAAGCUGUGCAGUGUUGAAAGCAGCUUGGAUGAAACCUCUUGUAGGUGCACGUUCUCAUAGGGCCUCCCUCCUUGUGGACAAGUCCGUGAACAAAGGAGGAACCUCGGCAGAGCCAGCAUGCAUGGUGCAGGGAAGAAAAGGAAUCUGCAGACCUAGGCCAGAUCAGGACAGUUCCAGUCAGUAAAAAUACCUCUGCCUGGGCAUGUGGUCCAUGCUUAUAGUCCCAGCAACUCUAGAGGCCGAGGCAGGAGGAUCACUUAAGCCCUGGAGUUAGAGACCCUUUAAAAUUAUGUAAGACCACACACACACACACACACACACACACACACACACUCUCACACACACACACUC